GGAAAUGAGCUGAGCAAAAACUUCUUGACACAUCAGAGCAGCUCAUUUAGUUGACGUAUAGGUUUCCUGUGUAUACUGUGUAUGCACGUUCAGAUAAUCGAAUCAAGCUUUUCACUUGAGGAGAAUUGAAAUAGAUACAUUAUGGGAGCAUCUUCCUCUGGCUUGUUGGAUGAGGCUAAAAUCAGCAACAUCAAAGGACGUGUCGACAGUACAUUACAGAGCUUCCGUGUGUUUUACUGUCAGCAGUAUUCUGCAGCCUACAUCGGACAUUUACACCAGGAGGUGGAGCCUAAGAAAGAGGGGAGGGGCCUAUUGCUUACACCAGGGCCUCAGUGUGCUCCGGAGGAAGUGCUGUACCAACAGAGUGUGAAGUUUUCCUGCUGGGAUGAGCAAGGAAAGAAAUGCAGAGAGAGAUACAUCGUCCUGAGGAGAAACUAUAAAGUGGAGAUACAUGAAAACACAGAGACUUUCAGUCGUGGAUGUGCAGCAAAGUUGGUCCUCCAGACAGCAGGGGGCAGUGUGUUCACCACAGAGGAAGAGUCCAGAGCUCAUUUGGAACAAACCUGUGCUGGAAUACUCAAUGGAGUGAAGGAGGAUUCUUCUUCAGUGGUAUCCUCUCCAGAUGUGCUUGCUGUGUAUCUGCACCUGCCUUAUAUGGGCCACACCUGCUUCCUGUUCCAACAGGAAGAGGAACGAGAUAACUUCCUGUCUGCCCUCAAGACCUGCAUUAGACAUGGCAACCUUGACCCUUGGUGUGAUUCAUCCUAUGAGAGCCAGGCGUACAUCCGAGCCCUCCGACUCUACCGACAGGACAAAGGGUGCUAUGAAUCCUGGGAAAUGCUGCUGGGCACUGAGGAACAAGUGCUGGCCUGCCAGGUGAUGGAAGAGGUGUUACCAUGGUUACAGAGUCAGCUUCAGUCCAGAGUGAAGGGCAAGAAGACUGAAAGGAUACGACAGUGGCUGGCAACAGUGCAGGCAACCUACACCUUGGUGCUGGAACAACUCACUGCAAGUCUGGAGGCUCUGAGGGAGGAGUGUCGUCAGACAGCAUCAUCCAAUCAGGCACUAAUCAGGUCUAACCUGGACCAGAUAAUCUCUUCUCACUGCUUCCUGGAGGAGAAAGUCAGAGCAUGUAUAUGUGAGGAAGCAGAGAAAGUGUGCUGUGAGUCUGUAGCACCCUACAUGUCCUCCAUCCUUGAAGCGCUGACAGAAAACAUAAGUGCAGGGAUUCAUGGGAUGCAACACACACUGCACACUCAGAUGAACUCAGCCUUCACACACACAAAUGGAGGAACAGAGGAGACUAAGAAGGCCUUGUCCACUCUGCGCUCCGUCAGUCUGGAUCAGUGCUAUAGGCAAGUGGAGAACCUGACAGAGAAACUUAAAGACUUAAAGCAGCGCUUUGGACUGAGCAGCACUCAGAGACUGGUUCACUCUGCACACCUGGAGAUGGAGAAGCUGUUUGACAGUGCUGUGUACACCUUAGAGCUGUUCACCCAGUCAUCAGCCCGACUGGAGCCUUCUCAAAUCCCUGUCAAGAUGGAAAGAGCUAAAGAAAGAGUCCUGAAGCAACUGGACUAUGACAGCAGAGUUGUCCAGAGGAGGCUCUAUGAGGAAGCUCUGCUGGGGAUCACUCUGCCCGCUCUCACCAUGAAGAUGGACAGCAAGUGGAAAAGUGAGCUGCAGCAGUUCGAGCAGUACAUUUUCUCAGACUACAGCAGUUUCAUCCUGGUUCAUAAUGUCUAUGAUGAUGUGCUGAGAAACAUCCUCAGUAAGGAGAUAGAGACAGUGGUCCAGGAUGCAGCCAGUAAGAAGAGCAACAAUCUCUUACUGGACACUUCAGAUCUGGCCAUUAGUCAGUACAGUCUGCUGGGGCAGACUCCACCUCGCUCUGCACAAGGCAGCCCAACCUUUGCUGCUCGAGACUCCUCCACAGCAGCAGCCAAUGAAGGUAAAGAACCUGCUUCUGUGGUGGAGGAGGAACGUCAGACUGUCUCUGAGAAUGACCCAGAUCUUAACACUGAUGCCAAACCUGACCCAAGCAUGACUCAAAGCUGUGACCAAAGCACAGUGCCUUUGUCUCCUAUGAUUGUUGUGACGCAACAGUUGGAUGAAUCUACAACUGAGGAAGCUUCUUGCAUCGAGGAAACCCACGAAGUCCAGCUUGCAACUUCCACACCAUCAACAACAGAGUCAAUUCCAGCUCAGCCUUCCAACUCAACCCCACCUGACUCUGAGGCAGCUGUUACACAUGAAGUUGGUACACUUAACCCAGAUUCUACCAAUCCCAGCCCAGACUCUCCUGACCCUCCGACGUCCACUGUGUCCUCGCCGCAGUCCAAAGAUGCUCCAGCUGAAUGUGCUCAAAGUGAUCCACCUGCAACACCUGAAAGUUCUGUUACACCUGACCUGUUGACCUCAGAUACAGCGACAGAAGACUCAUCCCUGGUCCAGCAUCCCUGCCCCUCAUCGCCACAUCCACCUGGUACAGACAAUGCAGUGAAAAUCAGCCUUGGGUCACUAUGCCAGGCGAUUAGUUGUGACUCCGCAGCACCUUCUGUAAUGCUGACAAUGGAACAGCGCACCACUGACAGAGCUGUCUACCUGAGGGGAGAAAUAAAGGACAACUGGGAGGUGGAGAAGGACGGAAAGGAGAAACAGAUAGAGGCAGCAGAGGAGACCGAGGUGCAUGAGAGAAGCAAAGAGGGGGAGGAAGAGACGCAGACAGGAGAUGGAAAAGAAGAGGACACAGAGGAGGAGAGAGGUGAAGGGAAAAUGGAAGGUGUAGCCCAAUCAAGAGCUGAGCCUGUUGAUGAAGGCUGCCAGUCCUCUGAACCACCAGCAGAGAGUACCACUGCCUUCACCACAGAGCAGAAAGAGGACAAAGAGAGGGUGGAUGAUGAAGAGAAAGAUAGAAAGCUUGAGACUGAGAAAAUAAAAGAAGAUGAGGUAGAAAAAGAAGGAAAGAAAGAAAAAGAAGAGGAAGAGGUUCCUCAGCCAAGCGAAUUGCAGCCAGAAAGUGCUACUGAGCUGCCAUUGGACAGUGUGGCUAUGAUCAGAGAACUUGUGACUGAGAUUACUGAAGUGGAGACUGUGAUCAGCCCCUGUGCCAACAGCAGUCAUACACCCUGAGACCCUUUACCACAGCAACUGACUGUUGGACCUUCCAAUAGCCUGAUGUCAUUUACUAAUACCUACUUCACACUUUUUUGUUAAAGGAAAAAUUCGCCAAGUGUGUAUGUGAAAAUCCAAUCAGUGUUGAUAUUGAAUGUAGUCCACUGAAGCAAUAAAUUCCUCAGUGCAUGCUAUUCUGACCAAUAAAGUUGAGUUCUCCUGCUUGUUGAGCCGUGCCAGCAGUGCCUACAUAUACCAGGAUGCAUUAUAUGCAAGCUAAAACAUACAUCAGACCGUUACAUACCGUACUUUGCAAAAUUUCAAGAAUGUGGCCCCUUUUGGGGCAGAGAGCCAAAAAUCCACUGAUGUCAAUGCAAUCUGUGUUUGGAUUAUAAUUUUGACACUGUAUACAUUUGUUUCUUGUUAAAUAAAUGUUUGUCUUAUA